GCUCGCGCGGAGUCUCCGGCAGAUCUGAGCCGCUUCUCCCGCGCGCCGCCACGCAGCCAUGCUCCCGCAGGACACCGCAGAGCAGCAGAAGUGUCGCCGCGUGUCGGACCCGGUGUGCGGGCCGGAGCUCGGCCCCGCGCCGCCGCCGCCGCCGCCGCCCAGGCGCGCCAGGAACCGGGACAAGCGGCGGCGCUCCGGGUCGGCGCCGGAGCGGCGGGUGAGCUGCGUCCUGGUGGGGGACGCCGCGGUGGGGAAGACCAGCCUGGUGCUCAGCUACACCACCAACGGCUUCCCGGCGGACUACGUCCCCACGGCGCUGGACAACUUCACAGUGAUGGUGGCGGUGGACGGGAAGCCGGUGAGGCUGCAGCUCUGCGACACGGCUGGACAGGACGAUCUGGACCGCCUGGGCCCGCUGGUCUACCGGACCGCCGACGUCUUCCUGCUGGUCUACAGCGUGGUGCGGCCCGCCUCGCUCCAGAACCUGGCCCGCCGCUGGGUCCCGGAGAUCCGGCGGCAGCGGCCCGGGGCGCCGCUGGUUCUGGUCGGGACCCAGCUGGACCUGCGGGAGGACGUCCAGGUCCUGAUCCAGCUGGCGCGGCGCGGCGAGCGGCCGCUGGACGCGGAGGACGGCCGGCGCCGGGCCCGGCAGCUCGGCGCCGCCGGCUUCGCCGAGUGCUCCGCCCUGACCCAGCAGAACCUCAAGGACGCCUUCGACGCCGCCAUCCUGGCCGGCGUCCGGCCGCCGGACCGGGACCAGGACCGGGACCGGGACCAGAGGCUCACCCUGAGGAAGAAGACCCCUGAGAAGAUCCGGAGCCUGUCAGCGGCCUGGUGGACCCGGAUCAGCUGCCUGGUCGGGGGAGGCGGCCCGGACGGCAGAUGAGGCGGUUCUGAUCCACCAGAACCACCAGAACCACCAGAUCCCCCUGAUCCACCAGAACCACCAGAUCCCCCUGAUCCACCAGAACCACCAGAUUCUCCUGACCCACCUGAUCCACCAGAACCACCAGAUCCUCCUGACCCUCCUGAUCCACCUGACCCACCAGAACCCCCAGAACUCUGCUUUUUCCCGGGUUCCUCCCGGUCCCUCCAACAGAGCUGAUCUGAAGCAGAACUCAGACUGAACCUCCAGGGCGUCGGCGCUGGAAGCUGAUUGGCCGGUUGAUGUGGUUCUGCUCCGUCCUGGCUGCAGUGUGUUUUGUGUCUGUGCUGUGAUUGGCUGCCGUCGAUCCUCCAGUGCUGUGAUUGGCUGCCGUCGGUCCUCCAGUGCUGUGAUUGGCUGCCGUCCACUCGGCUGCUCCAUUACAGGUUUGACCGCUCGUCUCAGAUUUGGUCCUUUGAUGCGGCGGAACUGCGACGGUCUGAUGGAGAACACCUGCAGGAGGACACAUUAACGGAACCAGGAGAACCUGGAGCCUCCGGUCUGUCUCGGGCCUCAUAGAACCCGGAGAACGUGGUCUGUAAAGGUUUGAGAUCAGAUCAGUUUCCUCGUUCCUGGAUGACGCAGAGCGGGCCUGGCACGCCAUGCUCAGGGACGCAGUGCUGUGUGGAACACAUCGAGUCAGUCUGGCACGCCGGCAGCAGAGCGCCGCAGCCCGGCGAGGCCUCCAGCGUCCUGCGGACCGCUCUCCGCACUACUUCGGACCGGUUCUACUUUUGCCGAGGCGCAGUGGAGCCGGAGUCCAUUUCCCAUCAUGUCAAAGCAGCAACAGGAAAAUAAAAGAGAGCAACAUCCGUUUUAUCAAAACAGAUGACUACAAAGGUUGACUUUUUUUUAUUCCGAGGCACAUUAUUGAUAUAAAUAUCUAUACAGAUCACUACUGAAGCUGUCACACAGGUUUUUACAUGUAAAUAAAAGCGUA